AUGAGGCGACAAGCGUCUAUGGCUGUCAAGGAUUUAUCCAAGAAAGCUGAAUUUUGCUCAGAUUACCUCAAGUUGAUCAGGUUCUGUUUCACCGAUUCUAUUGUAAGAAAAAAAGUUGCUGCUGGCUGUUUGUGGCUUGCAUCAAAACCGGAGGAAUGCCCUAAAAAAUCCAGGCAGGUUAUCAUUGUUUCCCACAGGAUGGAAUGUAGGAGGGAGAACCUACCCAUUGAGCCUUUGGAUCCAUAUUCAAAGGACUUGAAGAUGGAGUUGAGUAAAGCAGAAAGACAUAUUUUAAAGGAGGAUGGGGCGUGUUGCGGUGUAGUUUAUGCUGCCGCUUGGAGGUUUCAAGUGCCCCUUCCUGAGAAUCCGCCAUGGUGGAAGGCAUUUGAUGCUGAGAAAUCAGGGAUUGACGAAGUUUGUAGGGUGCUGGCUCAUCUGUACAGCCUUCCUAAAGCAAAGUACGUACCAGUCUGUAAGGAUGGAGAUUCUUUUACAUUUUCUAACAAGUCAUGUAAUUCACAGCCUCGGCCAAUUCCAAAGGCUGCAGCAGAAGUCAAUCCUGAAUCUGGUGGAUCAAAGGGUGUGUUGGCCAAGCUAGCCAUUGAUAAGCUGAAGGACUCUAAAGAGAGUGAUGAAAGUAUGCCUAUCGAGGGAGAGGCAAUAGAAGAUUUCAGUAUCAAAUCCAAGUCUGAACGCAAAAUGGAAUCUAGUGGCAAUAAAAGCAGGGACAGGGACAGGGAGAGAGAUAAGGAGAGGGAAAGGGAGAGAGACAGAGACAGAGACAGAGACAGAGACAGAGAAAAAGACAGAGACAGGAUCGCGACUAUAACAAUUCCUCCUACUCUUCACGGGAAAAGGAUCGCCAUAGACAUCAUUCUUACGCUUGAACUGAUCAUCAAGUUCAUGACAUCUCUCUUCUUCUCCUAA